AUGCAUCUUGAUGUGUUGAUGUUGGUGGAGGGAAGAGGAAAAAAGCCGGAUAGAGGGCAGGGCCCUGUUAACCUUAUUAUCAAGCACCAGCCUAGCGCUAAGAGUCUUGCCGACCUCAAGAACACUUGCUGCUGCCACGGUGAUUUUCCAAUAACAAAAGCCCAGAACAAUAGUUCAAAAAACAGUCGCCAGCCCUGCGGCUACCUCGAUUGUUUCAACUGCUUCUGUUCCAUAGGUGACGUUACUAGUCUUAUACACCCGGAUGAAGCAUCUAUCGGCCAGCUCAUAGUAUCCCUGGCUCUGGGAGGCACUUGCAACGAUCUCCAAGGCUUCUAUGAACCCUCUGUGAGUGCCAUCGUCCGCUGA